AGUGACCAGUCUCGUCUCAUCUCAUUCAUCUUUAAACUGAAAAGAGUUUGUUAUUAAAUCAAACUUGUCUCUUACUGAAACAGCCAAAGUACACUGACCCAACCUCCUCACUCUUACGCUUACACACACACACACACAAAUUACAUACACACAUACAUUAAUACCGAAGGUCUUUUUCCUGCAACCCCAGCUCUCAUUUUCUCAGAAAUCACACAAACAAGAAUGUGGUGAAGGGCUAGCUAAUGUAGACAACAGGGUCCUACUCUCCUAUUUCUUUCUUCUUGGGUCCUCAUUUUCCCCUAUUCUUUCUGUUUGUUUUUCGUUAAAUUUUGAUUCCUCCUCUCUCUCUUAAAAACCCCAGAUAUAAUCACCCUUUAUGAUCUUUAAAACAACCCCUUUGGUUGCCCUUUUUGUUCUUAUCUUUUCUUGCAGUUUGAUUGGAUUUCACUCUUUUUUGGUGUUCUGGGCUUUGAAAGUGAACAAGAAGAUUCAAGAUGAAGAGAUCUUUUGUUCAGUUGGUGGCCUUAAUUCUGGAACUAUUGCUGUUUGGUAAACCUCUGUGGGUUGUUAGUAGCAGCUCACUUUGUAAAGAGACUAGUUCAGGAAUCGAUCGGCCCCACAGUGUCUCAAUUACUGAGUUUGGUGCAGUUGGUGAUGGAUUGACAAUGAAUACUAAAGCAUUUGAGAAUGCCAUAUUCUAUCUCAAUUCAUUUGCUGACAAGGGUGGAGCCCAGCUUUUUAUCCCGAAAGGGCAAUGGUUGACAGGAAGCUUCAUGCUCAUUAGUCAUUUAACUUUGCACAUAGAUAAGGAUGCGCAGAUUCUGGGAUCAACUAACUCUAAUGAUUGGCCAGUAAUUGAUCCUUUACCAUCUUAUGGCCGUGGUAGGGAAUUGCCUGGUGGAAGGCAUAGAAGCCUCAUUUAUGGGUGCAAUCUGACAGACGUUAUCAUAACAGGUGAUAAUGGAACAAUUGAUGGUCAAGGUAGUGUCUGGUGGAAUUGGUUCCGAAGUGAAACAUUAAAUUAUACCAGGCCUCAUAUGGUUGAGUUGAUAGACUCAAAAGAUGUUAUCAUUUCAAAUCUGACCUUCCGAAAUUCACCUUUCUGGAACAUCCACCCCGUGUACUGCAGCCAAGUUAUUGUCCAGAAUGUCACAAUAAUUGCUCCUCUUGAUUCUCCAAACACAGAUGGGAUUGAUCCAGACUCUUCAGAUGAUGUUUGCAUUGAAGAUUGCUACAUAAGCACAGGGGACGAUCUUAUUGCCAUUAAAAGUGGAUGGGAUGAGUAUGGCAUAUCUUAUGCUCAUCCUAGUACAAAUAUCAUCAUCCAUAGACUAGUUGGACAGACUACAUCUAGUUCAGGCAUUGCUAUUGGAAGUGAGAUGUCUGGAGGUGUAUCACAGAUCCAUGUGGAAGAUGUCCAUUUUUUCAACUCGAACAGAGGUUUUUCAAUAAAGACGUCACGUGGACGGGGAGGUUACGUAAGAAAUGUUUUUAUAACCGGGGUAAUCUUGUCAAAUCUGAAGGUUGCUCUAAAGUUUAAUGGUAAUUAUGGCGAGCACCCGGAUGAGUCUUAUGAUCCAGAUGCUCUUCCUUCAAUAGAAAAGAUUAGCAUUCAAAAUGUUACUGGAAAGAACAUUAAAGUUGCAGGUCAUUUAGAGGGAAUUGAAGGAGAUACCUUCAAACACAUUUGUCUAUCUGAUAUUACUCUUGAUGUACGAUCAAAAUCUCCAUGGAUUUGCUCUAAUGUUGAAGGAUUCUCAGAAAUGGUUUCUCCAGAUAUUUGUAAACCGCUCGAGCCCAAAAUAAAUCCGGACUCCAAGUGUUACCAAAUGUCAAAUCACCUGCGGAGUAUUCGUCCUCGGAACAAAGGUACUUCUCUGCAAUGACUGUAUAUAUGAUUUACAAAGGCCACCCUUUACAUCAGAAAUGGUUUGUGCAAUUGCUUUCUUUCUGGAUUUGCAGUCAGUGUUUUUUAUGUAAGUUUUUUGUGCAGUUUACAAUAAACGGGCGAUUUAUAGGGAACAUGUUACAGUGUCGUAUAAUAUAAAUAUAAUGGCAUCUUUUUUCAGUGUUUCAAACA